CUGACAACCCUAUCGAUUGCUUCUAGAAAAGUCGGCAUUUUUCGCAUUUUCACCUUGCACGGCACAUUUCGCAGCGUGUUUCAUUAAAUAAUUGAACAAUAAUACAGGAAAAAUUGUAAUUGGACAGCGUCAUCCUCUCCCUUAUCAGAAAUGGACAAGGUGAACGAACUCAAGGAAAAGGGCAACCAGGCGCUCAGUGCCGAGAAGUUCGACGAGGCGGUGGCGGCGUACACAGAGGCCAUCGCGCUGGACAGCCAGAACCAUGUGCUCUACAGCAACCGUUCGGCGGCAUUCGCCAAGGCCGGAAAGUUCCAGGAGGCGCUGGAAGACGCGGAGAAGACCAUUCAGCUGAAUCCCACUUGGCCGAAGGGUUACUCACGCAAAGGAGCUGCCGCUGCGGGUCUAAGUGACUUCAUGAAGGCUUUUGAAGCGUACAACGAAGGUCUCAAGUACGAUCCCACGAACGCUGUGCUCCUGCAGGGUCGCAUGGAAAUUACCGCCUCGGCUCUAAACUUUAUGCAAUCGCAAGGUGAUAUACCCAUGGACGUAGAUCCCCAGCAGGCGCGCACCCGCAGGGCUCCAUCGCCACCGCCGGCGAAACCGGCUGAGCCCCCAAAGCCCGCUGAACCUCGGGUAGAAGACAUGACUGAGGAGCAAAAGAAUAAGUACUUUGCGAAGAAGGAGAAGGAACUGGGCAACGCCGCCUACAAGAAGAAGGAGUUCGAAACGGCUCUAAAACACUACAACGCUGCCAUUGAACACGAUCCCACGGAUAUCACGUUCUACAACAACAUAGCUGCUGUUCACUUUGAGCGCAAGGAGUAUGAGGAGUGCAUUAAGCAGUGCGAGAAGGGCAUUGAGGUGGGGCGCGAAAGCCGCGCCGACUUCAAGCUGAUAGCCAAGUCAUUUGCCCGCAUCGGAAACACCUAUCGUAAGCUAGAGAACUACAAACAGGCGAAGGUUUACUAUGAGAAGGCCAUGUCCGAGCAUCGCACCCCUGAGAUCAAGACCUCGCUGAGCGAGGUGGAGGCCAAAAUCAAGGAGGAGGAGCGAAUGGCCUACAUCAAUCCGGAGAAGGCCGAGGAAGAGAAGGAGCAGGGCAACCUCUUCUUCAAGAAGGGCGACUACAGCACCGCUGUAAAGCACUACACCGAGGCCAUCAAGCGUAAUCCGGAUGAUCCCAAGCUGUACAGUAACCGCGCCGCCUGCUACACCAAGCUGGCUGCUUUUGAUCUUGGCCUCAAGGACUGCGACACUUGCAUCAAGCUGGAUGAAAAGUUCAUAAAGGGCUACAUCCGCAAGGGCAAAAUCCUGCAGGGCAUGCAGCAACAAUCCAAGGCGCAGGCCGCUUACCAAAAGGCCUUGGAACUGGACCCCAACAACGCAGAGGCCGUCGAAGGCUACCGUCAGUGCUCGAUGAACUUCCAGCGCAAUCCGCAGGAGGUCCUCAAGAACGCCAUGUCCGACCCGGAGAUUCAACAGAUUUUAAAGGACCCGGCUAUGCGUAUGAUCCUCGAGCAGAUGCAGAACGAUCCCAAUGCGGUCAAAGAACACUUGCAGAAUCCAGCCAUCGCCGAUAAGAUAAUGAAACUGCUGGAGUCGGGCAUCAUUCAGAUACACUAGGCACUCCAGAUCCACAAACAUCCUCAUACAUUCACUAACUCACACACAAACCCCAUUGAUAAACAUUCAGGAGACAACCAUUACGCAUUAAACAAAAUGUAUGGCACCUCUAAGCUGGUUAACCAAUAUAUCGUUUUUGAUGAAACGGGCCACAAUUAACGCUAAACGUAAUUACCUAAGAGAUCGCAUUGCCUAUUCGCAGAACGACGAUAACUACCACUAAAAGAAAUUUAAACUAAAUGGAGGAAACAAAAUCAUUGAUAAACAUCUGCCUAAUUGAUUUACGCAGAUGGGUGGAGUAGGCUCCAAACGUCAUGGUCCUUAUUUUCUUACUACAAUAAAUAUGCUGUAGCUUAGCUCUAAAAUAAGUUUCUGUACAAUAAAUGAGUCACGGAAUGGUAA